CUGUGCAGCAGACGGCGCUACAUGUAUCACGAGGGCUCUGGUAUCCACCAAUCCAAAGAGCUCCAGGUUGUGGGCAUGAACUAUUUUGACCGCUUUGCUUUCGUCUCAUUCGUGCUGUCCAAUCAAGCUCCACUAAAGCGAGGCACCGCCAAGAUCAGAUUGUGAGAGACGCUGCUGUAGCAAGGCUAACGGAAAGUCGAUAGGAAAGGCUAGCGAGCGAUCUGUUAACCUGUAAGGUGCACCGGGGUCUGAAUAGUGACUGGCAGAAGAAAAGUCUUUUUAACCUAAAGCAUACCUCUUUUCGGUCCUUUGGGAUCAUGGCUAAAGAUGCUGGUCUAAUUGAAACCAAUGGAGAGCUAAAGGUUUUCAUCGAUCAGAAUCUGAGCCCUAGUAAAGGUGUCCUGUCCUUGGUUACUGUCCAGCCCACAGCUGCCCCUGUGGCCAAACAGCUACUACCCAAAACCCUUGGGCCAUCCAAUGUGAACGUCGCUACACACAUGCAAAAUGUGCCACACAUGGUGAUUGGAACACCCCAGAGGCCUACCGUAUCGAACACCAUUUUGGUAAACAGUCCACACACACCCAGUUCCCAGUUCCUCACACAGAGUCAACCAGCCGAUGCCUCUCCUUGGUCAUCAGGAAAACGUGGGAAGAAAGGGGAAAAGAAUGGGAAGGGCUUGAGGCAUUUUUCCAUGAAGGUGUGCGAGAAGGUGCAGAAGAAAGGAGUGACCACGUACAAUGAAGUGGCAGAUGAACUGGUGGCAGAAUUCAGCUCAUCAGACAACCACAUGUCACCGAAUGACUCACAUGUGUAUGACCAGAAGAACAUUCGGCGACGCGUUUAUGAUGCACUUAACGUGCUUAUGGCCAUGAACAUUAUUUCUAAAGAGAAAAAAGAAAUCAAGUGGAUUGGUCUACCCACCAACUCAGCGCAAGAGUGCCAAAACCUAGAGGUGGAGAGACAAAGGCGGCUGGAGAGGAUUAAGCAGAAACAAUCACAGCUUCAGGAGCUCAUACUGCAGCAAAUAGCUUUUAAGAACCUGGUUCAGAGGAAUAGGCAGACAGAGCAGCAGGCAAACCGACCUCCACCUCCCAACUCCAUCAUCCACCUUCCUUUCAUUAUUGUCAACACCAGCAAGAAAACUGUCAUUGACUGCAGCAUCUCCAAUGACAAGUUCGAGUAUUUGUUUAACUUCGACAGCAUGUUUGAGAUCCACGAUGACAUCGAGGUGCUAAAACGUAUGGGCAUGGCCUGCGGCUUGGAGGUGGGAAAGUGUUCUCCAGAGGAUCUGAAAAUCGCACGUAGCCUGGUGCCCAAAGCUCUAGAGCCUUAUGUUAUAGAAAUGGCCAAAGGUCCCAUCAGUAACGUCUACAUCACUGGAGGUUCCUCUGCUAAUGGAGCCCGUUACCCUGCAAACAGUGAUGGCUGCACUGAUGGCACCAUGGCGUCCAGCUCAAACGAUUCUCACUACAGCGGGUCUCGUGUGGAGACUCCAGUGUCUUACAUGGGGGAUGACGACGAUGAGGAUGAGUACGAUGAGAAUGACGAUGAAGACUAACCUCCCUACACCUCGCCACUCCAACAAGCACAGUCUUCAAAACCACCCUCACCGUGGGAAUUUAGUCCACUGUCGUGUGUGCUUUUU